AUGGAGCUUAAACAUUUCACCCAUGACCAUCCACUGAAUUUCGAGGAUGUGCAAAAGAACGAAGGUACGGAUGUUAUGUGCUAUGGGUGUAAAAAACCAAUCUUAGAUCAUGCCUAUUGUUGUAAAGAGUGUGAUUACUUUCUACAUAAGAGCUGUGCAGAACUUAAGCGGGAGAUUGAAGAUCCCAUACACUCCGAACACCUUUUAAAACUUGACGCAGGCCAUCCUUGUUCACUUGUGAUAUUUGCAGCAUGGAAGGAUUGCAACAAAUGUGACAAGUUCCUUUGGCCAACUUCUUCAGUUUACUGUUGUGGCCCCUGUAGAUAUUUUGUCCAUGUAAAGUGCGCAACAUCAGAGGCAGGGUCGUCAAGAGGUGCUGAAAUAAGUAGCAGUAAUAAAGAUGACGAACUUCUUGAGUCUAAUCCGGUAAAUUUACCGGUGAAUGAUGAAUUUGUAGAUCUGGCUAGAUAUUUUGUUAAAGAUAUCAACAUUAACGAGUUUGAGAAAGAAACAGAGAUUAAUAAUGGGAGCCAUAAGCAUCCUUUACUUCUUUUCGAUGUGCAAAAUAUCAAUGAGGUUGUGCCCACUUACCACAGGAGGUUCAACACCCAAGUCACCCUGAACACUUGCUUGAGCUUGGGAGAUCCAGUAACAUCUAUUUGCUCUUCGAAUGUGAAUGUUGCAACAUGGAUAGCAAUGGAUUCUUCUACGAGUGUCAAACUUGUAAUUUCCAAGUUGAUAUCAAAUGUGCUUUUCUACCAAGCACUAUCAAACAUGAAUCUCACAAGCACCCCCUACUUCAAACUGAAGGUUCACAUCAUGUUUGCAAGUCAUGUAAUCACGAGUCCUCAAGGUUCAUAUUCAGAUGUGAUACUUGCAACUUCAAUCUGGACUACGAUUGUGCUCUGUUCCCAAAAACUAUCAAGCACAGGUGGGAUCGGCAUCCCCUUAUCCUAA